CCUAUUUAAAUCCCAUCCAACUUCUCCAACCCAUCAGAACCAAAAUAAAAUUCAGCCAUUGGAGAAGAGAGUGAACAACAAUGAACGACGACAAGAGAGGCCAAACCAAGAAGAUCCCUAUCGUUGAUCUAAGCGAUCCCAGCGACGAGCUUGUGGCUCAUGCCGUGGUGAAAGCGAGCGAAGAGUGGGGGGUUUUUCAAGUGGUUAACCACGGCAUUCCUGCGGACUUAAUGCGACGCCUUCAAGAAGUGGGGAGGCAGUUUUUCGAGCUCCCGGCUGCCGAAAAGGAAUCUGUCACAAGGCCGGUGGACUCCCAAGACAUCCAAGGUUACUUUCCCAAAGAUCCCAAAAGUUUAAAGGCUUGGGACGAUCAUCUGAUUCACAAUAUCUGGCCACCAUCGUCCAUCAACAAUAGUUAUUGGCCUAACAAUCCUUCAGAUUACAGGGAUGUGACUGAGGAGUACACAAUGAACGUGACGAAGCUAACGGAGAAGAUUGUCGGUUACUUGUCAAAGGGGUUAGGGUUACGGUGUGAGGCCUUGAAAGAAGGUCUAGGUGGCGAUGAAGCAGAGUAUUUGAUGAGGAUCAAUUACUAUCCGCCGUCGGAUUCAGUUAUCGGAGCACCAGCGCACACAGAUCUCUGUGCACUCGCACUUCUUGUCUCCAACGAGGUUCCAGGGCUUCAAGUGUUCAAGGAUGACCACUGGUUCGACGUUGAGUAUAUCAACUCUGCAGUCAUUGUCCUCCUCGGGGAUCAGAUCAUGAGAAUGAGCAACGGGAGGUACAAGAACGUGUUACACAGAUCAACAAUGGAUAAGGAAAAGACAAGAAUGUCGUGGCCGGUUUUGGUAGAGCCUAAGCAUGGUUUGGUCGUGGGACCUUUGCCUGAGCUCACGGGAGACGAGAAUCCUCCCAAGUUUGAGUCUUUAACUUUUGAAGACUACGUAUACCGCAAGAUCAAAAAGCUUCUUCGUGAUUGAUGCUAAACCCAGCAAAAGCGUUUAUGACAAUAUGUUGUGACAAGACAGUGGCACUAGCUUAAAUGUUUUAAAUCUGCUAUCAUUGCUUUCAAUCUCCUAUCAUUGUUUUCGAUGUUUUUUAGUUAUUUGUUUCAGAAUAAAAUAUAUUUUGGUUG